UAUAACCGAGUGGAUUUCUCGGGCCUUUUCGGCGGUGACGUCGUGUGUCUGAGCGGCCAUAUUGGGAUCGGGCAGAGCCGAGAGAGAAACAAGAAGAGGAAUUAAAGAGGAGAAUCGGUUGGCAUCGCAGCCAUCGCGGGUUGAAUUGAAUACAGGUUGAAUUGAAUACGCACAAGAUCUUUAUGAAAAGGAGGAUUUAUAUGAAAAAAAUUGUCUAAGCAUCAGUGCAAGCGACCGCUUGACUUUUUAAAAGACUCGUACGAGUACUUGCCUUGAUUGCAACAGAGGACUCGUAUAUAUUGAGCAGACUUAUUAUCUCUUCAUUUGAAGAGGUUUAGACUAUUACAGUUUCUGUAUGAACAUUGGGCUGUAAACUGAAACCACAUAUAUAUAUAUUAUAUAGAUAUAUAUAUAAAAAUACACAGAAUGACCACAGCCAGGACGGAGAAUCCCAUUAUUAUGGGUUUGUCUACUCAGAAUGGGCAGUUGAGAGGUCCAUUGAAGCCCAGCACUGGACCAGGAGGAAUGCCACCACAGCAAACUACACAGACCAACCAACAGCUCCAGCAGCUAAAACAUGCCAGCACACUGAAUGGCACUCAGCAGCAAGCGCACACAACCAGCACCACCAUCAAACCAGGUGAUGACUGGAAGAAAAGCUUAAAAUUACCUCCAAAAGACAGGAGGAUGAAAACUUCGGAUGUAACCGCCACAAAAGGAAAUGAAUUUGAAGAUUACUGUUUGAAGCGUGAGCUGCUAAUGGGCAUUUUUGAAAUGGGCUGGGAAAAACCGUCUCCAAUCCAGGAGGAGAGUAUUCCUAUUGCAUUGUCUGGCAGAGACAUAUUGGCCAGAGCCAAAAACGGAACAGGUAAAAGUGGAGCCUACCUCAUUCCAUUACUUGAACGGCUGGACCUGAAGAGAGACUGUAUUCAAGCUAUGGUGAUCGUGCCGACCCGAGAGCUGGCACUGCAGGUCAGUCAGAUCUGUAUCCAGGUCAGCAAGCACAUGGGAGGAGUGAAAGUCAUGGCUACCACAGGAGGAACCAAUCUCCGAGAUGACAUCAUGAGGCUUGAUGAAACAGUCCAUGUGAUCAUUGCAACACCUGGAAGAAUCUUGGAUUUGAUCAAGAAAGGCCUGGCGAAAGUUGACAACAUACAGAUGAUUGUUUUAGAUGAGGCAGAUAAACUGCUUUCACAGGACUUUGUGCAGAUGAUGGAAGAUAUAAUCUCUACAUUACCAAGAAACCGGCAGAUCCUGCUUUACUCUGCCACUUUCCCACUCAGUGUACAGAAAUUCAUGAUGAUGCAAGACUGCUUAGCUGAGAGAGUGCCAAAUAAUUCACAUUUGCAGAAACCGUACGAGAUUAACCUGAUGGAGGAGCUGACACUGAAAGGAGUAACCCAGUACUAUGCCUAUGUGACAGAACGGCAGAAAGUCCACUGCCUCAACACGCUCUUCUCUAGGCUCCAGAUUAACCAGUCGAUUAUAUUCUGCAAUUCCUCCCAGCGAGUGGAAUUGCUUGCCAAGAAGAUAUCCCAGCUGGGUUACUCCUGUUUCUACAUUCAUGCUAAAAUGAGGCAGGAACAUCGCAACCGUGUGUUCCAUGAUUUUAGAAAUGGAAUGUGUCGCAAUUUAGUUUGCACUGAUCUGUUCACUCGUGGUAUUGAUAUCCAAGCUGUGAAUGUUGUAAUAAACUUUGACUUCCCAAAGAUUGCAGAGACCUAUCUACAUCGCAUUGGCAGAUCAGGAAGAUUUGGUCAUCUGGGCCUGGCAAUCAAUCUCAUCACAUAUGAUGACCGCUUUAAUCUGAAGGCCAUAGAGGAGCAGCUAGGAACGGAGAUCAAACCAAUCCCUGGCAGUAUUGACAAGAGCCUGUAUGUUGCAGAAUACCACAGUGAGCCGGAUGGUGAGGACAAACAGUAGUACUGCAAACAAAUUUGGCACCGACCGAUCACCGAAUACAGAAACUGAAGUUUUUUUUUGUCUGUUCUGGAACACAUCACUUCUUGGGGAUACCCUUCUCUUUUCAUCUAAGACAGUACCAAACUUCAUAUUUUUUUCCCCCCUUAUUUGAUGACACAAAGUGUAGUUCCCUGACUUUUGUGAAGGACCAUUUCUUCCUGAGCUCAAUGGUUUGCACUGUGUGCAGGGAGUGGACAUCUAUUGCACUAACUGGCACGGGGAUCUAGACUAAGCAGCACUGAAGAGCUGGACUAAACAGUGGACAGCACACUUUGUUAACUCCUUCUUUUCUCUUCCCUCCCCUCCCUUUUCUCCUUUUGCUUUUUUGCUGACCAGCCACUGACCAGCAUAUUCAUCUGAUGAUUUCUCAACUUCUCCAGCAAACUCAUCAAUCUUGGAUCUACCAAGUUUUUUAUGGUAUUCGUAUAAAGUGCCUUACAGUGAUGCAGGACCAUAUGAAUACCGCCCCUAGAUUAUAGCCACAUUAUUUUGGAGGGGGGAAGAGUUAUGUAAAUUCAUUUGUCAUUGGUUUCCAUUGGGAAGAGUAAAAUGGUAUAUGGAAAAGGGGAAGAAUCUUCAACCGUUUUUAGAUAUUUUUAAUUUUUGAAAGCGGCUAUUUUUCUUGGAGAAGUUGAAGGAGAAGUCCGGAUGAAAUGUACUCUUGAUGUUGUAUAUAUGUUAGAUAUGACUGGGUUUAAAAAAAUUUUUUUUUUUUUUUGCAGCAUUUGCGUUCCAGAAGGAAAGCUUGCAUUUUAUUUUAAACUUUUUUUCUCUCCUCUUCGUGGUGGUCGUUAAGAAAAUUCCCAGCACGACCCUAGCAGAACACUAAGAAACGCCUCUUAGACUCGAAUGUAGACUGUUCUGCAGCACCUACACUCAGACUCUGGGGAACUUCUAAAAUGGGCGUCCAUUUUCCUUCUGUGAGCGAGGUGAAGUGUGUCCCACGGAAUUUUUGAUGUGUAUACACCUGUAAACAUGUAAAUAGUUUUUUUCUAUCAUCUUGUUACCUUUGAUAAAAAAAAAAUGGUUACUUGGGCUGGGAGGGGAUGGGUAGGAUGUUGCUGUAUAGCUAAAGCUGUGAGGGGCACUGUUGCAUGCAACAUCAGCAACCUAAAACCAACUGUGUUAUAGUGUGAAGCAAUCCUAUAGCUGAUAGCAACCUUAAAAUGACAGCUGUUAUAUAAAUGGCAACUUUAUACAUUCCUGCAUCAAAGGGUUAGGAUACAAUGGUCCCCAUAACACUGCCAGGUGUUUGGUGUUAAAAUACCACAAUUAACAAAGGAUUCUUUCACCCCCCUGACCCCCCCCCCCCAAGAGAAAUGGUUGAGCCUUGGAACACUUCAUUGGCUUCAUAGUGCUUACUUCAUGUGAAGUAGGUGAAAUAUCCCAAAUGAACUGAUGGAUUUUGUAAGAACAGCAGCUGGGUAUCAUUUGCUCCCAUCGACAAUGGUAAAUGGUGAAAUCUGUUCAAAUGCAGUGACCCGUUAAACAAUGGCAGCUGCAUUCAACCAUGGCUGCCACUCAUUUCUCUUCCUUCGACCUUUUAAUCCCUUCACCUGAUCUUCAUUGUGAUUACUGCACUUGGUGAUCUACACUGCAUUUAAAGGCAACUUAGCUACACUUAAUUCUUUCGAUUAGGCUAUCUCGACCUUGUGGAAAAAAAACAUAGGCAACCUGAGCACUUUUAAAUUCAAUCCUCUCCACGUCACCUCCUGAAUCAAAGCUCAACUAUUAAGACUGAGGUAACUAUGAUUUUUGCCCAAAAUAUAACUUUAAAGAACUUUAAAAAGUUGGCUCUAUUUGUAAAUCUCUUAACUGAAUCUAAUUUGGCAUGUCUAUUCCAGCUAAACUGAUAACGUCAGUAUCCAUUGAGCAAGAGCUGCAGCCCUUGUUGCAGGGUGCCACGGUUCUUACUGUCCACGUACCUACAGGCUAACAUCGCUGUAGUAAAUCAGUGCCACUUUGACCCUCUUCAUUCGUGUUAAAAGUAGACUGAGUAAAAUUGGAGCAGCCUUUUGAGUCAUUUAUUGUACUUUUGUUAUUUUAAAAUAUUUUAACUCCUUAUACCACACACAUGCUUAACCAGUUCCAUGAUCACAUACACCAUAGUGUCACUAUAAUUUCAGAAUAGACUGAUACCAUCAUAUCUGCUUAUGAACCCUUUUAAGCAUUGCUAAUGGUAUGUCUAGUGAACAGAAAUCCUUUCUCGGCAGUCAUUGAUAAGAUGUGCAUUUGUUACAGCUUUACUUUUAGCAUAUCUACCUAAACAUGGUUUCUAUUCCAUCCUUUGUUAGGGUCCUUUUUUGUUUCUUAAUGGUCAACUUCUGUAUUAGGAAUUGUAGUAAAACCCAUUUUCUUUUCUACAGCUAUUCAAUAAUCAGCUGUAGGUGCCGUUGCUUGCAGCUGUGCCCCUCACAGUGUGCUGGUAGAUUGGCCUGAUGUACAGGCAGUGAGAAGGGAUGGGACAGAAAACUUGAUUGCUAAUAUCCUUCGGCCCCAGCAACUGCUGUCUCAGAGGCACCUGUACUUAAACCAACUCCAACUGUAGUCAUAAGCUGGACCUGGUUAUGAUCCAAGUGCAAAAUCGUGGCUGGAAGAAUCCAUUUUUAAGAGAAUAAUUUGCCAUUAAAGGAAAUUUCCACUCCCUUACCCGUUUAUAGGGACAGAGGAGCACACCCUGUAAUCUGGACAGUUGAUAAAGCUAUAGUGCUGAAAGCUUGAGUCUCCCUAUAGCUUUUAUUUAGUAGUGGUUAACACCUAAGAGUCCACAAGUUUUGGAGUUGGGUUUUUGGAGUGUUGGAUUCGCGAUUUGUUCAGUCUACUAAAAUACCUAUCCUUGGUUUUGUUAAUGUGGGGUCUGGACCAUCGACCCGUUGGAUUCUUCCACCCCUCAAAUUCCUUCCCAUUUUGAAGUGCACAUCGUUUUUUCUCGAGUAUUUAGGGAUGGGUUUGAGUAAAGAGUAUGAAUACUUCAGGUAGAGUGCAAUGGAAUCCGAUAUUCAAGGUGUUUGAAACCUCUUGUACUUACAAAGUGUGCAAUGAGCAUUUUGUGCAAUGUUUUGCCAAUAUUUGUUUUUAAUCAGGAUUUAUAGUCAUUUAAACUUGCACUUUUUGGGAGUAGAGUUCUGGGUGUGUUGCAGGUGCCUCUGUGAUAGAUUUCCAUUUUGUCUAAUGUGCAAAGAUUAUAGGGUUUACAAGAUUUAAAGUGCUGUAAUAUAAGUGUCAGUAGCAGAAAGCUGUGUUGAUGGACAGACGUGAGCAUGUGUGCCAGCUGCAUAAACACCUUCAGUUCUGCAGGUACUUCACUUAAUAGCAGCUAUUUGGGGAGGGGGGAGGGAGGGAAGGAAUUGACCAAACGUAGCAUAUUGCUCGUGUACUGCAGCUUUCUUCAUCUCUGGAUACCGAUGAAGGGAUCGUUCCAAGCAGAGUCACUUCUCGUCUUGUACAUAGAACCGAGGGCAGUGUGCACAUCAGACACAAAGCUUGUGUUGGACUUUGAAAGUACACACUGCCAUCAUUGACAAGCAAGCCUAGUGCCAUGGGUAACGAUCUCUGUCGAAGCACAGAUACAUUUGAAAAUAUGUAGUAUUAAUGCUUAGCCUCGCCUGUGUAAGGGUUGGCACUUAACUAGACUGUCUCCCAGUGGCUUCCCAUGUUGGCAGCUAUCUGGUGAGGGUAAGACAAUGCCGGAGUAUGCAAAUUGUUUUGGAUAGGGAAAGAUGCUUUCAGUUACCAGUGUUGAGGCAAAAUGUGUGCCCACAUUGUCUCAACAGUGGUUUUCUAAUUUAUAAAAGCCACUGAUGUAGGUAGGUAACAGCAGAUACCUACAUCAACCUGCUGUAAGAACUCUGUCAAUGUACAGUUCUAAAAAAGACAGAUCCUUAGUGAAGAGCAACUGACCUAACUCUGUUACUGAGGAACUACUUUUUACUGUAGGGCUUUUCCUACAAAAGGGUUGUUCUGUAAUCAUUCACAGUGCGUUCCACAACAGGUGACUGGCUUCUUUGAAUACAAUAGGGAGGGGGGGAGGGAAAACAAUUAUUUUUAAAGUACAGAAUGAGAUGAGCAUCUUUCCCUAGUUAGUUCUCCGCCAAAUUUUGUUUCGUGCAAUAGGUAAGACCUUGCUGGCUUGAAUCAUCCUCAGCCAAUGGUUGCACGCUCAGUGACCUAAUCAUCUCAUUCUAAGUUUUUUUGGGGUUUGUUUUUGGGGAUGGGUGGGAGGGUCUGCUGUUCAGAGGGCUGCAUCUACACUGAAAUUUUUUGUCCACAUGAGUUCAAAAUGGAUGUGUGCUCUGCCACUGUCCAAAGUAAAUUUUCAUAUGGUUAAGAUGACCAACAUGUCCAAUCCAGUGUUUUGUUGGGAUUAAAGGGCAUUUUGACUUUGGUAAAUUGGACCUUUUUAAUUAUUUUCCCCUUUUCAUUAACUUCUCAAGGCAAAAAUUAAGGGGGUGGGGGGAGAGAUCGCCACUUAUUGUGCAGAUGUAGCCCUCUGAUUUGGGGGGAGGGUGGGGUGGGGGGACAGGGUUGGGGGUUUAAAACUCAAAAGUUCAAAAUAACGCAAAAUGCAUAUGGAUCUCUACCAAAGGGUUGGGGUUUGGGCUUGAGUUUCAAAAAGACGAAGACAAAACUUGUCCCAUUUCAGUGUUCGAGUAAAAGACUAUGCCAUUACUAAAGCCGUUUUACCAAUUUGAACAAAAAUCCUUAAUUUGUCAUUCAAAACAAAUUGAGUGCAUUCUAAACCCAAUACAUUAGUUAUGGAUACUGAAACAUAUAGGACUGUUAAAUGGUAAUGCUUCCCUAAAGUAAACGUUGUUGCUUACAGAUAUGAAGACAAGCCUACUUAAAAAAAAAUCAAAUUUGGUUCCUUAUCGGUAAAAAUUGGCUCUGAAUAUUCCAGUGUACUAAACUUCUUUCAAACCAGAAUUUUUUUUUCCUUUAAGGCUGAUGCUAUGUGGUCUGGUUGUGAAAUGAUUUGGAUGCCUAUUCAGAAUGAGUUGUGAGAAGAUUGUUUAAAGAAAGCUACAGAAGUUGCAUUUUGUUCAUUUCAAUAAAAACUCACUGGAAUCUAA